AUGCUCUUAUCAGCAUCCGAACUUGAAAAAUCUUCUCAGAUUGAACCAUCCAUUCUGAAAGUGAGCUAUGAGAUCUACCAGUACGCCCAAGAGGACCCCACGCCACCAGCCGACUGGCAAGAUGCGAAGAGUAUCGCCGACUUCAUGGACAGCGUCGAGACCAAUGCCAUGGCUCAGCUGGGACCAGCAGAAGCAACUCUCAUCGAGGAAGAACACCAGAUCACCAUGCGUGACGGCUAUCAAAGCAAGAUCAAGAUCCAUCAUCCAGCCGAAAAGCCUGCUUCUGGCAGUCCAUUAAUCGUGCUCCUGUACGGAGGCGGCUUCAUCUCCGGCUCUCGUCACCAGCUCACGCCGAAUGCCAGAGCACUCGUCAGGCUCUUUAAUGCUGUGGUAGUCAACAUCGACUACCGGCUUAGUCCCGAGCACAAGUGGCCUGUCCCAGCCCACGACGCCUGGGAUUCGCUGCAGUGGAUCGCCGCUCAUGCUAGGAGCGACCUGCAUGCCGAUCCUAAGAGAGGCUUCCUCAUCGGCGGGGCAUCGGCCGGGGCCUGUCUCUCCGCUGCCCUUACCAACCUGUCGAUUCAGCUUCAGAUGUCGCCGCCUUUGACUGGACAGUGGCUAGCUGUGCCUUCACUAAUGGAAGCCGAACACGUUCCUUUCGAAUACAAUGAUUACUUUCUCUCUCGUGAGCACAACAAGACAGCACCCGGUCUCGAUGUAGCAGCGCUCGAAGCCAUAGCUCAGCAUACUGGCGCAAGUAAUACUUCCGAGCUACGUUUCCCCAUCUUGUUCCACACCAACAAACUCAUCGACUUCGCCAAGAUCCCACCAACAUUCUUCACAGUCAGUGGGAUGGAUCCGCUCCGAGAUGACGUUCUGAUCUACGAUGAAGUCUUGAAGGAGGCUGGGGUCAAGACGAAAGUGGAUUUGUACUAUGGGUGUCCUCAUGCUAGCUGGGCGUUCAUGCCUGGUGAGCAGAAUACUGUAAAGGCUCUUGGGGAUAUCAAUACCGGAUUUGGAUGGUUAUUGGGAAAGGAGAUCACGCGCGAGCAAGCGAUGGAAGCUUAUGCGCCUUCUGUCUAG